CACGCGCAACCAGCCACAAGCAACUUGCAACAGUCGCAGUUGCAGUCAGCCAACCGAAGGCACAGUGUUCUAACGAAAAUCCGUUGAUUUCCAAAUUAAAGGCCGCAGGAGUAGUAAAAUUUCACUUAAUUGCAGAAGCGAUUAAUAAUUUGCAUUCCAGAAACUUUUGGCGCUCAAAGAAGUUACUGCAGCGCUACGACAUUUGUCAAUAGUUUUUCUACAGUUAACGCAGUUACAACAGCAACAACAACAACAGUAUCAUGUCGAUCUCCGACUUCCGUAAGAAGAAAUUGCUCUUCCUGUUCAACGUUUUCUUUGAUGUCAAUCAGAGCGGCGAAAUCGACGUUAAAGACUUUGAGUUGGCCAUUGAGCGCGUCUGCAAACUGCGCGGCUGGGCAGAGAACACACCUAAGAACAAGGAGAUCCACGCGGUCAUGCUGGAGAUCUGGGAGGGCCUGCGCUCCAAGGCCGACAAGGACAAUGAUGGGCAGGUUUCCGUUGAUGAGUGGUGCAACAUGUGGGACGCCUACGCCAAGGAUCCCAGCAGCGUCAUGGACUGGCAAACCAAAUACAUGAACUUCAUGUUCGACCUGGAGGACGCCUCGACUGACGGCAGCAUCGACGCGGAGGAGUUCACAUUGGUCUGCUCCAGCUAUGGCCUGGACAAGGCCGAAUGCCAAGACGCCUUCCAGAAAAUGGCGCAGGGCAAUUCCGAGGUCACGCGCGACCAGUUCGCCGCCUUAUGGAAGGAAUACUUCGCAGCAGAGGAUGUGAAUGCGCCCGGCAAUUUCAUUUUCGGCAAAAAUGCAUUUUAACGCUCUAAAAUUUGCUCAGCUGGCUAAGGCGCUCCGCGUGGGCCCACAGCCAGGCUUAAAUUUUCAAGACGUUUUUGGGGUCUGAUUGCAAGUGAAGUAUGCACGCUUUGUGUAGUGAAGGGGUGAAGUGCGUUGGUGUGCUGAGGCAUACAUUUUGAAACUGGCAUAUGCAACUAUUAUUGAAAUGUUUGAGCAUAAUAAAGAAAUAUAUAUUUAAUAA